ACGAAACCGGGAAAGAGUCGCUUUUUAAAGCUGUUCCAGUCGUCUAUGACGGAGAGAGAGAGAUAGAGCUAGCCGAAAAUGAAGGUGGGAUCGAAUCUCUUGCACAAUCCUCCUCCGGCAAUCUCAGCCGUCCGUCAACUUCCCACUUUCAUUAGACCCUCCUCCUUCUGUACUGCGCGUUCAUUCCCCACGUCCGGCCAUCUCCACCGUCUCCGCUCCCGUUCGAAUCCUAAUUUCAAGAUCUUAGGGGCAAAUGGAAGAGCUGGGAUGGAAUGCAGUACUGAUACAUUGCCAGGAAUGGAGGAUUCUGAUUUACCUGUUGAGCUCUGCCAGACAUACACUCUGCCUCCGGCUCUCACGCUUGAAGAUGCCGCCAAUCAGAUCAAACAGGAAAUCGAGAAGUUGAAGUUGAAGCCUCCUCAUUCCUCAAGUGGUGUGUUGAGAUUUCAGGUCCCAGUCCCUGCAAGUGUAAAAGCUCUGGAUUGGUUACGCUGUCAACCUCAGUCUUUGGAAGCAUUUCCUCAGUUUUAUCUCUCGGGAAAUCAGUGUGAGAAAACACCUUACGAAUCAGUUUCAUUGGAGGAAAAGCAUGGAGUUUCUGGAAUUGGCUCUGUGCUUCACUUUACGGGUUCUUCUUAUACCUUGAAAGGGCGUGAUUCAAUAAAAAGAUAUCUUUCAGCUUCUUCACCUCUGAUAAGGGCUUAUGGGUUCAUAGGUAUCAAUUACAGCUCGGAAUCAUCUUCCAUGAAGCAUGAGACUGAUUCAUUCUAUUUUUUUAUUCCACAGAUUGAGCUGGAGGAGUUUGAGACCAAUUCUCUCCUGGCUGCAACAUUGGUGUGGGAUGACUCCUUUCGUACAUUUAAGAAAGCAGUUCAUUCUUUUGAGUUGUCUUUCCAUCAGGCAAUCUAUCAUGUUUGGCCAACCAGAGAGUAUUGCCAUGACAAGUGGAUAAGCUAUGUUCAGGAGAAGUCUGAUUUGGAAGUCCAAACUGCUCAGAUGGUAUGCCUGAAUGCACAUUCCUCUGGAAAAGAUAUUGGUGCUAGCCACUUGCAACUGGAAGGAUCUCCAAUUUCUUUUCCAUUUUAUUUCAGACUCUCAGCAACAACUGCCUUUACCAAUAAUAAGCCUCAGUUAGAUGGUUCAGGUUCUCCUGGAUUGAGUUACCUCUUGCACAAGUGUGCAAACAUCAAUGCCGUGUGGGCAGCGCUUAUAAUUGAAGAAUGCACUAGGCUUGGUUUGACAUACUUCUGUAUAGCACCUGGUUCAAGAUCAUCUCCACUUGCAGUUGCUGCCUCCACUCAUCCUCUCACAACUUGUAUUUCAUGUUAUGAUGAGCGCUCGCUUGCGUUUCAUGCUGUGGGCUAUGCAAGAGGUUCUCAAAGGCCUGCUGUAGUCAUAACAUCUUCAGGAACUGCUGUCUCGAAUCUCCUUCCAGCUGUUGUGGAAGCUAGUCAGGAUUUCGUUCCUCUGUUGUUACUCACAGCUGAUCGGCCUCCAGAGAUGCUGGAUACUGGAGCAAACCAAACAAUCAAUCAGGUCAAUCAUUUUGGCUCAUUCGUGAGAUACUUCUUCAGUCUUCCUCCACCCAGUGAUAACAUUCCGGCGAGGAUGGUACUCACGACAGUUGACUCCGCCGUGUAUAGAGCAACACAAACACCAUCCGGCCCUGCACAUAUUAACUGCUCUUUUAGAGAACCAUUGGAAGAUUCUCCAAGGGAGUGGACAUCGAGCUGUUUGAAAGGACUAGAUUUGUGGAUGUCAAAGAUAGAACCAUUCACUAAAUACACCAGACUGGAACAUUUUUAUGCAUCUAAUGAUGUUCAUGAACAAGUUGCAGAGGCUCUGGAAAUGAUUCAACAUGCUAAUCGGGGGCUUUUAGUUCUUGGUGCUAUCCACACAGACGAUGAAAUAUGGGCAGCUGUUCUCUUGGCUAGGCACCUCUUCUGGCCAGUUGUAGCUGAUAUCUUGUCAGGUCUGCGGUUGCGAAAAGUUUUAAAUUUGUUUCCUGAAAUUGAAAAGAAUUUUCUAUUCGUGGAUCAUUUGGAUCAUGCAAUGCUCUCAGAAUCAGUUAGGAGUUGGACAAAGCCAGAUGUGAUUGUUCAGCUUGGUAGCAGGAUAACAAGCAAGCGCAUUACUCAAAUUCUGGAGCGUUGCUCUCCCUGUUCAUAUAUCAUGGUUGACAAGCAUCCUUACCGCCAUGAUCCUUCUCACAUUCUUACUCACCGGCUUCAGAGUACCAUAUCUGAAUUUGCUGCUUAUUUGCUUAAAGUCAAUUUCCCCAGAAAUAACAGCAGAUGGCACACUUUCCUGCAAGCAUUGGAUAUGAUGGUUGCACGGGAGAUAUCGUUUCAAAUUCAUUCUGAUGGUUCAUUGACCGAACCACAUGUUGCACAAGUAAUUUCUGAAGCACUUAGCUGUGAUGCUGCUUUAUUUAUUGGAAAUAGCAUGGCCAUACGUGAUGCAGAUAUGUAUGGACGGGGUUGGGUGAACUCUACUACUGAUAUUUCAUCUACAAUGUCAAACUGGGGUCUACCUUUCUGCGGUAUACGAGUGGCCGGUAACAGAGGGGCCAGUGGUAUCGAUGGCUUGCUAAGUACUGCUGUUGGCUUUGCAGUAGGAUCCAACAAGCGAGUACUUUGUGUUAUUGGAGACGUAUCCUUCCUUCAUGAUACAAAUGGACUCGCAAUUCUCAGACAGAGGAUGCGGAGGAAACCUAUGACAAUAGUAGUAACAAAUAACCACGGAGGUGCAAUUUUCAGUCUUCUUCCAAUUGCAGAGAGAACGGAUUCAAGUAUACUACAGAAGUACUUCUACACAUCCCAUGAUGUCUCAAUUGGCAAGUUGUGCGAGGCACAUAGUGUGAAGCAUUUACAUGUGCGGACAAAAGAGGAACUUCAACAUGCUUUGUGGACAUCUCAACAUUCACAGACUGACUACAUUAUAGAAGUUGAAAGUAGCAUUGAGAAGAAUGCUACUUUCCACAGCUUGUUAACUAAAUCUGCUCGUCAAGCAGCAGAUCAUGCAUUAAGCACCCUUUCGGCGCUUUCGAUUUCAGAUCAUGUUUCCAGUGGUUCAUUUCUGUGCAAGAUCCACAGAAUGGAAUUUUCAUCUUAUAGAAUUCAACUAUGUGCACCGCUUACUUCGACUCCCAGAAAUAGUGGCUGUGACAGCUUUUAUAGAGAUGGUUUCAUUUUAACCUUAUCCCUCGAAGAUGGAAGUGUAGGAUUCGGCGAGAUUGCCCCUAUCGAAAUCCACAAAGAGGACUUAGUAGAUGUUGAAGAGCAACUGAGAUUUCUUAUUCAUACUAUCAAAGGAGCUGAGAUAAGUUAUCAACUACCUCUACUCAAGGGAUCCUUCACUUCUUGGAUAUGGAGAAGCUUAGGGAUCCAGCCCUCUUCUAUCUUUCCAAGUGUAAGAUGUGGUCUAGAGAUGGCCAUUCUUAAUGCAUUAGCAGCAAGACAAGGCACGAGUCUUUUAGGGGUAAUUCUUGGCAGUGCAAGUUCAUCACUAGUGACUCAGUCAAUUGAAGAAGAUGAAAUGAUUAAAAGAUCGUCAAGAGUGCAAAUUUGUGCCCUUGUAGAUUCUAGUGGAACUCCUGAGGAGGUAGCUCAUGUUGUGGCGCAACUGGUUGAUGAAGGAUUCACCACGAUAAAACUGAAGGUUGCCCGUCGAGCAAAUCCUGUUGAAGAUGCUGCUGUUGUUCAUGAAAUUAGACAGAAAGUUGGGCACCUCAUAAAACUUCGUGUUGAUGCCAAUCGUAAUUGGACAUUUGAAGAAGCUGUUCUGUUUGGGUCCCGUGUAAAAUGCUAUGAUCUUCAAUACAUUGAGGAACCUGUGCAUUCUGAAGAUGAUAUCAUAAAGUUCUGUGAAGAAACUGGUUUACCUGUGGCAUUAGAUGAAACUAUUGACCAUAUUCAAGGAGAUCCUCUCAAUAAGCUUAUGGCAUUUGUACACCCAGGAAUAGUUGCUGUUGUUAUUAAACCAAGUGUUGUUGGGGGGUUUGAAAAUGCAGCAGUGAUUGCAAAAUGGGCACAACAACAUGAAAAGAUGGCUGUUAUCAGUGCUGCAUAUGAAAGUAGCCUAAGUUUGGCAUCAUAUGUUCAGUUUGCAUGCUAUCUUGAGCAGCAAAACAUGGAGAUCUGCAAGAUGAAGAAUAAGGAAUUGCGCCCAACUAUAGCCCAUGGCCUUGGAACAUAUCGAUGGCUUAAGGAAGAUGUAACCACUGAGCCGCUUAAGAUUGGUGUUCAUCCACAUGGUGACACGGUAGAAGCAUUUGCAAAAGAUGCAGCUCUGUUCCUCCAGAAUUUCCAAAUCAACCAUGAUAUCGUGCAGAAAAGUUACAGCAAAGAACAAGUUUGGACAUACCAAUGGACAGUCGAUUGUGAGGAUUUCUCUUGUUCCCUUCAAGUGCGGGAUGUGGGAAGGAACAGCAUCACAGACAAGACAGUUAUCUUUCUCCAUGGCUUUCUUGGAACUGGUGAAGACUGGGUUCCCAUCAUGAAGUCCCUUUCGGCAAACACACGAUGCAUUUCAAUCGAUCUUCCUGGCCAUGGAAAAUCACAUAUUCAAAGGCAUGCUGAUAUAGAGGCAAAACAAGAAUUGAUCUCAAUUGAAUUAGUUGCAGACAUGUUGAGUAAGCUGAUCCAUGAUAUUAACCCUGGAAAGGUUGUCCUCGUCGGAUAUUCACUAGGGGCAAGGAUUGCAUUAUACAUGGCCCUGAGAUGCAAUGAGAAGAUUGAUGGAGCUGUUAUAAUAUCCGGAAGUCCUGGAUUAAAGGAUGAAGCACAACGAAACAUGCGUGCUGCUCAAGAUGACUCAAGGGCUCACCACCUCAUUACUCAUGGGUUGUUGUGCUUUCUAGACACAUGGUAUAGAGGAGAACUAUGGAAUAGCCUACUACAACAUCCACACUUUGAACGAAUAGUUGGCAGCCGCAUACAGCAUGAUGAUGUUCUCUCUCUCGCAAAGUCUCUGUCUGGAUUAAGCCCUGGGAGGCAGCCGUCCUUGUGGGAUGACUUGAAAAAGUUCAAGAAGCCCUUUCUCUUCAUUUUUGGAGAAAAUGACAGAAAGUUCAAGGAAAUCGCUCAGCAAAUGUGUUCUGAAAUCUGUCUUGAGUCAGAAACUGAAGGUAACCAAGACGAAAGGACUUACGAAAUGAUUCAGAUCCCUGACUGCGGCCACGCUGUCCAUUUGGAGAACCCCCUCCCUAUGAUCAAUGCCAUAAGGAAAUUCUUGUACAAACUGGCAUAAAGAAUGAUCUGCAGGUCCAUCUCAAACCCAAUUCCCAUGAAUCUGCAGUUUACUGUGGGGCCCAUGAUGCAUCCUCGAAGAAGUUGAUUUGGACAGGAUAGAAGCUUGAAAGGAUUUCAGCUAGGCUUCUCACUGUCCACACUGGUGGGACCCACAAUCACUGUUCUUUGGAAUAAUUGAGGUACCAUUAAAAGUGUUUUGCUGUUGCGCUUGCAUGGAUAUUGUGAUGGCUUGCCUGCUACGUAGGGGUUAUGUUUGUUGUAAUGACUGAUGAUGAAAAGGUGUUUGUAAUUUUUGAUGACUCGUUGGGGCAUGAGGCUGCAGUCACCAUUUUUACUGUUGUACUUUUUUUUAAAAAAAAUGUUUGUAUGUUCUUGUUGUACUGACAUCGAUAUAAUCUAUAUUCUCGUCUUCCAAUAUACACAUGUAACAUCUGCUUCGCAGAAACCAUGUGAGCACUAAUGAAAUAUUUCAGAGGUUCUAUAUG